CUGACUUGCCCUGAUAGGAAUUGUAGAUCAAAUAACCAAACACUGGCAAACGUUAUCAACAAGUGGAUUAGAACAGAAGUUCUGACAAAAACAAUUUAAUAUGCAGGUUAAUCAAAUUUUGCCUUUUGAGAAAUCCCUACUCGAUUGUACCAUUUCACAUCGCCAAUUGGAACAAAUUGCUGUCGAUAUUUCGAAGCGUGGCAGUGUUACUGGUCUUAACCAGGUUGUGUGGGCUCUGAAAGCACUUACUCUAACCGACUCCACUACACUUGGUGGUGAUGACACAGCGGCGAACGUGAGAAGCCUCUGCCAACGUGCGGCGUUUCCCAUACCUGAACAUGUUUUGCUGGAGCUUGGCGUUGAACCGGCUCUACUGCCGCAUAUCCACACCGCUGCCGUAUGUGUAUAUCCCGCACGCGUUGCUGAUGCUGCGGCAAAACUAAAGCAAUUAAAUAAAUAUGAUGACAUACCAAUAGCUUCCGUGGCAACAGGUUUUCCAGCUGGACAGUAUGGCUUAAAUUCACGUUUAACCGAAAUUCGCUUUGCCAUAGACUCAGGUGCUACAGAAAUUGAUAUUGUUAUAAAUCGCCAAUUAGCGCUGGUGGGUGAUUGGAGAGGUAUUUACGAUGAAGUUUGCGAAAUGCGUAAAGUUUGCGGCGAAAAAGCACACCUGAAAACCAUUCUUGCUAUAGGUGAACUUGGCAACAUGGAAAAUGUUUAUAAAGCUUCCAUUGCCUGUAUGUUAGCUGGUGCUGAUUUCAUUAAAACAUCUACCGGAAAAGAAGCUGUUAACGCUACUCUACCAGCUGGUCUGGCUAUGAUCUACGCCAUACAAGAAUUUGAACGUCGCAAGGGGGUUUUAGUUGGUCUAAAACCAGCUGGUGGAGUACGCACUGUAUCAGACGCAAUUGCUUGGUUGACACUGGUAAAAGAGACAUUGGGUGCACGUUGGCUCCAUCCUACUCUUUUCCGGUUUGGUGCAUCUGGGCUGCUGGAUAAGAUAGUGGAAACUGUUAAUGUACACGUUCGUGGUCAGGUAAUCACCAACAAAGGUAACGCUACUGUUCAAGUAGCAGCUUAUUAAGGGCAGUAUUUGCAUACAGGUAAUGAAUAAACUGAGUGUUAUUAGAUUCUUAUUGAGAUUUAACAUUUUUGUACCAGAAUAAAUUCUAGAUAAAAUAAUA